AUGAAAAAUCAAAAAGACUCAUACUUCUGCUUCACUGAAAGCCCCCUGCAGCAGCAGCAGCAGCAGCAGCAGCAGCAGCAGCAGCAGAAGCAGCAGAAGCAGCAGCAGCAGCAGCAGCAGCAGAAGCAGCAGCAGCAGCAGCAGCAGCAGAAGCAGCAGCAGCAGCAGCAGCAGCGGCAGCAGAACUUUGCUGCUGCUCACUGGAUUUUAGCGGCUCUUUUCCAUUCAACACGCCGGCUGCGAUCUUCGCUCGCACGCCUCCCACAGCAGCAGCAGCAGCAGCUGCUGCUGCAGCAGCAACUGCUGCAGCAGCAGCUGCUGCUGCAGCAGCAACUGCAGCAGCAGCAGCAGCAGCAGCGCGUUUGGCUUCGCCAGCAGCUCUCGGCCGCGGGUUUUCGCAGGGUGUACGUACCGCACGGCCGAGCCGCGGAUGAAGCAGCUCCGCACCGACAGCUGCAGCAGCAGCAGCAGCAGCAGCAGCAGCAGCAGCAGCAGCGGUUGGUGCAGCAGCAGCAGACAGCAAGGCGGCACGCGCGCGGCAGCAGCAGCAAAGCCGGCAGCGCGGACACCAGCAAGACGCAACGCACACAGCCGCAGCAGCAGCACCGGUGCUACCAACAGCAGCAGCAGCAGCAGCAGCAGCAGCAGCAGCAGCAGCAGCAGCAGCAGCAGCACUACCAGCAGCAGCAGCAGCAGCAGCAGCAGCACUACCAGCCCCAGCAGCAGCGCCACUACCAGCAGCAGCGCCACUCCCCGCCCGACUCCCCGCCCCGCCCCGCCCCCGCAGCAGCAGCCCCCACAGCAGCAGCAGCAGCAGCAGCAGCAGCAGCAGCAGCAGCAGCAGCAGCUGACGAGGUGGGGGCACUUGUCGGGGUCUGCCACUUGGACUUGCGUCAACUUGAUGUUCAAAAACUGAUCCACCGAAUGCAGAACUCCCGAAAGCUGCAGGUCGUUCUUCAACUCCACCAUCACUUCGCAGCUCCGCUCCGCCAGCUUCUGGAAAAAAGAAAAGUAAAACUGCAGCAGCAGCAGCAGCAGCAGCAGCAGCAGCAGCAGCAGCAGCAGCAGCAGCAGCGGCAGCAGCGGCGGCGGCGGGGGCGCGCGGGGUGA